CGACUCCACAGAGAACGAUGCCGUGGCCACACAGGACAUCCUCACGUGCGGCGCCUGCCAGAAGGCGUUCGCCCUCUCGGACAUUGUCAAGUUCAUCCAGCACAAGGUGCUGCAGUGCAACAAGGAGAACUAUGGCCAGUGCGCCACCCAGAAUCCGCAGAUGGAUCGCGACGCGGAGGAAGGUCGCCCGCUCAGUCUUGUCAACCGCCGCCCCUCGAUCUCCGCCCCCAUAUCCGGCCGCAAAUCCGCUCCAGCGUCGGCGGCAGCAGCAGUUGCAGCGGCAGCAGCGGCGGCAGCAGCGGCGGCGGCGGCCAGCAGUACGGCCAGCGGAUCUAGGAUACACACACCACCACCGAGUCCGGCGGACCUUUUGGCCGACGGAGCCAGCAGCACACCCAAACGCUUAGUAGACGAGAACGACAAUACCACGCCCAAGGACAGCGAGACGGGCGCCACCACCCUCGAUUCGAAUGCCGCCCCCUCCAGUCCAGCGGCCAUUGAGCGCCAAUCCUCCGGCGACAGCAGCUGCGAAAUGGAUGAGCAGCAGGAUCGGCAGGAUAAGCAGCCGCAACAGAAGCAGGCGAAGGUCAAGCAGGAACCCUACGAUGAGGAGGGCGUUAACCAUCAUCAAAAUCAGGAUGAUGAUGACGAUGAGGAGAUGGAGGAGCGCUCGCUGGCCAAGCGGCCCAAAAUGGAGCUGGUCGAUGCCGAGGCCAACACAGUCCACACAGAACCCAGCAACUAUACGUGCUCCACGUGCAAAACCCGCUACACCUCCGCCUGGCGUCUCAUCCAGCACGUCCAGCACUCGCACGGCGUCAAGAUCUACGUGGAGAGUCCCGGAGGAGGAGCCACAUUGACGGUGGCCACGCCAGCCGCCCUCAACAACAGUGCUCUGGCCUUGGCCGCCGCCGCUGCAGCAGCAUCCGCUUCCGGUCUGGCGAGUCCACAGCCAGCGGUCAGUCCCAAUCCCGCAGUUACAUCGGCGGCCAAGAGGAGCAGUCCGCUGGGAGCAGCAGGAUCGACCAUUCUGUCCACCUCGGUUAGCUCCACCUGCUCCAAUUCGCUGGUGAACACCAGCGGUGGCAGCAUUAGCAACACCAGCAGCAUUGGCUCUCCGCAACAGCAGCAAUUGCAGCUGCAGCAGCAGCAGGCACAGCAGCAACAGCAGCGCGUGCAGCAGCAACAGAGGGAAAAUCUUGCUUCGGCCAUGGCCGCUGGCAUGCGUCAUCAUCCCCUGCUGCCGCCGCCAGAGGCUAUGCACGCCAAUCCCUUCCAGCUGCUGCGCAUGCCACUGCCACCAGCUUUGGCCCAGGCCGGAAAUGUAGUUCCUACGGUGGCGCCGCUCUUUGGACGCCCCUCGCCCGCCGAUCACUACCGCAUGGAGCAGUUGGUAAGCGAGCAGUUCCGCCACCAUGGCUUCAACCUGGCCGCCGCCGCUGCCGCCGCUCAGGCGCAGUUCAAUGCCAAUGGUCAGGUGGUGGGUGGCGUGGUCUCCGGAUCGGGUGAGCCACGUCCUCCGUCGUCGAGCAGCAGUGGCAGCCAGAGGGGAUCGGUGCCCCCGGCUGCCCUGCCACCACCAUCCCUGAGCUCCCAGCAGCAGCAGCAACAGCAGCAGGCGGUGCAGCAGCAGCAACAACAAGGCGCCCAGCAGCAACUGCAGUCCGCACAGCAGCAACAGCAGUCCCAGCAGCAAUCCCAACAGCAACAGCAGAUCACACCCGGUCUGGUGGGUGGAGCUGGUGGCUCCCUGAAAUUGGAACCCCAGCAGAUGGAUUUUUACUCGCAGCGAUUGCGUCAGCUUGCGGGCACAACAAGCCCUGGAGCUGGCAGCACUGUUAACUCGAGCUCGCCGAGUCCUCGACAGAAGCAAUCGCCGCAUUUCGCGAGCCCCUCGCCCUCGCAGCAGCAGCAACAGCAACUGGCCACAAUCCCGCGACCCCAUUCUCUUACUCCUCCCGAGAAGCUGGGCGAUGCCAGCUCUGAAAAUGGCAGCUUGGGACUAAUCUUGGCCAGCACCCCGCGUUCCGCGAGCACGCCACCCUCGAAAACGGGAGAUGUGUCCUUGCAGGAACCACUUGCCCACUGCUACUCCUGCAGCUACUGCGACAAAAAGUUCCGCUUCGAGAACAAUCUGAUCAUCCACCAGAGGACCCACACCGGCGAGAAGCCGUACAAGUGCACUGCCUGCGACUUUGAGUGCUCCCACAUCCAGAAGCUGAUGAAGCACAUGCGGGUGCACCGCAGUCCGGCGGAUGAUCAGGACAACCAGGAUAACCAUGACGAUGGCAGCAAUGCCGAUUCGCUGGAAACGAAUGAGGCCGACAACGACGAGGAUCCCAAUCCCGACGAGUCGGAAGAAGAGUUGGGCGACGGGGACAACGAUCCCGAUGGCGAUGGUGACCUCGAUGGCGAGGAUGAAGACGAGGAUGAGCUGGAAGAGUGCGAGGACAUGGACUACAAGGCAGAGGACCUCAGUGUUAGCAAUCGUAUCGAUGGCAAGAGCCAGAGUCCCAAGACGACGAGUUCAGGAGCCACUUCGCUGGUUGGUGAAUUGAUGGACAAGUUCGGUCUGUCCAACAUUGCCCAGUACAGUGAGGCCUACAAGCAGGCGCUCCAGGAGUCGGGACGCAAGGAGGCAGCCGCCGCCGCUGCAGCAGCUGCUGCAGCAGCAGACAACAACAAUCGCGGCGGAGCGGGUGCUCCGUUGAGCGACAAGCUGAAUGGUCUGCCUGUGGCCGCUCUGCGUCUGCGGGAUGAGUUCGCCAAGAACUGCAACAUGUUCCAACAGCCGCAGGAUGGCGGUGCUCCCUCCCAAGUACCGCUCUUCAAUCCCUUCCCCAAUCCCUUCGAGCUGAGCAAGCGGAUGAAGAUGGACGGCGGAGAUUGGUGGGGCAUGUCGCAGGCUCUCCACCGGAAUGAGGCUCUGUUCGAAAACCUGAAGCUAAAGCCUCUGGGCCUGGGUGGAGCCAACUCGCUGAUCCAGGGUCCUCUGCUCAAGAAGGAGAGUCGCCAGCGCAACGACACUUGCGAGUUCUGCGGAAAGGUUUUCAAGAACUGCUCGAAUCUGACGGUGCACCGCAGAAGUCACACCGGCGAGAAGCCGUACAAGUGCGAACUCUGCUCCUACGCCUGCGCCCAGAGCUCCAAGCUGACGCGCCACAUGAAGACCCACGGACGGACCGGCAAGGAUGUGUACCGCUGCCGCUUCUGCGACAUGCCCUUCAGCGUGCCCUCGACGCUGGAGAAGCACAUGCGCAAGUGCGUUGUGAACCAGGGCAAGGCGGCGGCCGCUGCAAAUGCGGUGGCCGCCGCCCAGGCGGCACAGGCUGCAGCGCAGCACAUCCAGGCCGCUGCCCAGCAGGCCCAGGCGGUACAAGCUCAGGCGGUACAGGCUCAGGCGGCGCAGCAGUCGCAACAGCAGCAGCAACAACUGUCGCCCAUGGGCGUCGUUGGCUAUCCGCCGCAGUUCGUCAGCGGUCACAAUCUCUCACUGCCGGGCAGCGUGAGCGGCGACAAUGACUCGAAUGCCUCCUCCAGCUUGACCGGCGUCCAUCCCAUAUCGCUCAAGGAGGAGGCAUGACUUUUCAGUGGUUUUCCCGUGCCACUGGCACCACCACCGCCACUGCAACAGCAUCAGCCGCAUCUGCAGCAGCCGCAGCAGCAACAGACCAGUCGCAGUCGCAUCAUGUCGCGCAUCUUCUAAAGGUGUUAAAACGAUUUAGAAAGCAAAAAAUAUACCAAGCCCCCUGUAAAUAUGACUUUUUUGAAAAAAGCCCCAUCCAGCUCCUUCCAGGCGACGAAAAAAAAACGACCAGAGGCAUUUAAUACCAAAGCAAUAACCGUUAUGUAAUAUAAUUUUAAAGAUUCGAACCUUUUUUUUACGAAAACAAAACCACACCACAUUUUUUUCCACCAUUUUUUUUCGUGCUUGUAAUUUAUAUAUAUAUAGUAUAUAAAUAUACGUAAAUGUAAUAAUAUAAUCAAUUAGUGAGUACUUGUGUGGACACACAUUUUCCAGUGUAUUUUCUAGGACUAAGUAAGAAAAAGAGAAAGGAUUUGUAUAAAAUGAAAAAGAAACCAACUAAAACUAAACGUAAAAAAAAAUAUGAAAAAAUUCUGCUCCCAGUGAGCCACAAAAAUAAGCAAAAUUAUACUCUAAACUUAAAGGCAUUACUAUAUGAAUAUUACCGAUAUGGGCGAGUGAAUGAAUGAAUAUUUUUUUCAUCGAUGUACAUUUUUUAGUAAAUCUAGACCCCUAGCACUAAAGACGAAAACUUGUAAAAAUCCUAAAUCUAAUUCUAAUCAUGAUUAUCGUAUAUGUAUUCGUUUUAUUCGAGUUCCCCUUGAUUUUAUUUCCUUUCCUCUCCUUCCCUAUUUUUUUUGCCUAGACAUAAUUCUAUUAUUAAAUGUAAUUUAAAUGAAAAAACGAAAAAUAAUCAAAUUUUUUUACAUACAUAAAUAAAUAUAAAUGUAAAACACAAAUUUUUUUUAAACAAUUUUAGUCUAAGCUGACAAGGAGAAUCAUGCAUAAAUUUUGAAGCAGCAGCAAAUUGAAAAAAAGAUGAAGAUGCAAAUUUGUACGUAAAACUUCAAGUGAAUUAUAAGAAAUAGAAGAAAGCAAUUAACGAGAAAAUACCGAAACAACAACAAACAAACAAAACGACAACAACUAGAUUUAGAAGACUGAAGAACUGAGAACGAAAAUUGUUUUCUUGCUAACAAAAAAAAAAAGACAGAAAUAAAGUAAAAGACGAAAGAGAGCUGGAAAACGGACAAUGAAAAGGCGGAAAAAAAGGACACGAUAAAGUGCAUUUUUUUUAUAAAUUGUUUUUUGCU